UGAGCGCGAGCCGCCGGCGGCCACGUCAACAGGAAGUAGCCGAGCUGUAAACUUCACGAUGCGAUGUGUUUAACGGAGCUAGUGGAAGGCUGACAGUCAUAACAUAACCGUGGUUCGUGUUCAGUGCUGUAUUUCCGCUCCGUCUCCGUUAAAGCAGCCGGUCCAGUGAGCAGUGUCUCCAGCUGAGGUGUAAGCUGGCAGUCAUGUCCAGUACAAGAGGAGUUUGGACAAACCACCAUGGGGCGGCGUUCUUUGCCCUGUUUGUGAUUUUGAUCAUGGAUGUCCAAGCACGGCCCGCUAACAUAUCGGUCCACAGAAACAAACAUGCCACCGGUAAGGAGGACAACGAGAUCCUUCCUCCUGACCACCUAAAUGGUGUCAAAAUGGAAAUGGAUGGCCACCUGAACAAGGACUUCCACCAAGAAGUGUUCCUGGGAAAAGAGAUGGAGGAGUUUGAUGAAGACUCUGAGCCCAGGAAGAACCGCAAGAAAUUAAUUGAAAUUUUUAGCAAAGUUGAUUUCAAUAAGGACAGAAGUGUCAGCGCUAAAGAGCUUCAACGCUGGAUCAUGGAGAAAACAGAAGAGCACUUCCAAGAGGCGGUGAAGGAGAACAAACUUAAUUUCCGUGCUGUAGAUCCAGAUGGAGAUGGACAUGUGACAUGGGAUGAGUACCGGGUGAAGUUUUUAGCCAGCAAAGGCUUCAAUGAGAAGGAGGUAGCUGAGAAGAUAAAAAAUAAUGAAGAGCUUAAAGUGGAUGAGGAGACCCAGGAGAUACUGGAAAGUCUGAAGGAUCGCUGGUUCCAGGCCGAUAACCCUCCAGCUGACCAGCUGCUGAACGAGGAAGAGUUUCUCUCCUUCCUUCAUCCAGAGCACAGCAGAGGCAUGCUCAAAUACAUGGUCAAGGAGAUCAUCAGAGACCUGGAUCAAGAUGGAGACAAAGAACUGACGCUGUCCGAGUUCAUCUCUCUGCCCAUGGGCACAGUGGAGAACCAGCAGGGCCAGGACAUUGAUGACGACUGGGUUCGUGAGCGCAAGAAGGAGUUUGAGGAGGUCAUCGAUGCCAACCACAACGGCAUUGUCACCAUGGAAGAGCUCGAGGAAUACAUGGAUCCCAUGAAUGAGUACAACGCUCUUAAUGAGGCCAAGCAGAUGAUCGCUGUUGCCGACGAGAACCAGAACCACAACUUAGAACUGGAAGAGAUCCUUAAAUACAGCGAGUACUUUACCGGCAGCAAGUUCAUGGACUACGCCCGCAACGUACAUGAGGAGUUCUAGUACUUUCUCCCCAAUUCUAUAAAGAGAAAAAACCAUAUUCUGCCCAACAGCUAUACAGGCAGCCGUAUGGUACACACGUUCCUUAGGAUGGCAUAUGGGUUUGCCUCCCAGGGAUCUGAUUGGCUCUUUGGAGAGGGAGUGUAUGUUUGUGUGUGUUUGUAUGGAUGCUUGAAGCAGCAUCUAGAAUGUUAAUGUCUCAGUGUAAAUCAUUCAGAAUUUUCUGAUGUUUCUCUUUAAUAUUUUCACACACCAUCAGAAUCUGCCUUCUGUUCGAGCUGCUUUUGCUGAAGUGUUAAUUAAUGAGGUUAAUAUUUUAUAUGAGGAGAUUUGAGGGGGGGAAAAAAUCAUUGCUUUGAGUUAUAACCAGGUCUUUUGCUGCCUCAUUGUAUAGAGAGAUAAGACUUGUAAAAAAUAGAUGAAGCCUUCGUGAGAAAUGUAAAUAAUAUUAUUGAAAAAAUGAUAUGAUAUAUUAACGUUUGAUUUUUACAAGAAGCUCUUGAGCUGUGGACACCUGCUGUUUCCGGAGUUCAAGGGCUAACACGAAUAAAAGAACGGUAAUGCCAAAAAAGUCAAACGGUAACACUGGUGUAUGUACAUAUAUUAAAAAAAAUAAUAAUUCUCGCACUGUUGCACUCAAGAUGUCUAGACAUUUAGUUUUAUUAAAUAUAUAUGUGCAUUUUCUUAAUUGACAAGAAAAGACUUUUUUUUUUUUUUGGCCCUCGUAUGGCCGGUGUUUCUGUUUGCACAUUGUAUAAAUGAGCAGUUAUUGACAAGAUUAUUGUUGGAUAAUUAUGCAGUUCAGUCACUGAUAUAAUGUAGCUUACCCAUCCGCCUCCUUCAUAUCCCCCUGAGAAGGAGCGAUUAUGGAUUCUCUAUGGAUUCUAGGUGUUUUGUUUUUUUUUCUCAUGUUGACUGAGAGAACAGGGACCGACCCAGAACAAGCUGGUCUUAACAGAAUUAGCAGCUCAUUGGCUCUGGAAACAGCACUGGUACAGGGAGACUCUAAUACGUCCCAUGGAUCAUGUGUGCAUUAGCUUUCACGUAAUGAGAUGAUAAUCCCUGGAUCACAUGCAAAGCAAAAGAUUUAUUUUAGAGUUAUUGUUGCUUCUCCUUUCCGAGACUAAAAUGUUACACUUAAAAUGGAGUAAAUCUGUGGGCAUUUAUUGUGAAAUUGGAUGUAUUGAUGUAUUAUUUCAAAUAUAUAAAACAAUAUUUUCUUAAGUUUUACAAGUUUUAUUUAAUAUUUAAUAGGUCCCCUCAUUCUUCUCUGAGAGCUUUGCUUUGUAUUUAAUUCCAUUCUAAUAAAGUAUGUUCUCUUGGCUAAUUUAUUACCAUCUUGUGCAUGAUAUGAGUUGAUGAAGCCUUCUGUGUACAGUAUGAUGCCUUUGUCCUGUGGAAAUGUUUGAUUUAAAGCUGUUUCUUUCAGCUGUGUGCCCACAUUUUCCUUCAGCUGCUGAAUGUCUUGGGGCUUUUAUGCAUUAAACAAUGCUGUCUAAACUGA